ACGACGCCAAGAUGAUGCUCAACCCCUUCAUGGACACAGGCCCCGGCGGCCCGCACGGGCUCACCCACAGCGCGCUCAAACUCAGCCCGUCCAACCCCAUGGGCGAUCACGCUGCCAGCCUACACCACAACCAGUUCGCCGCGCAGGUCAACGGCUACGGGGUCAGCGCGCAUGCGCCGCACUCCCAGAUCAGCAGCUACGCGGCCAGGGACUUCCUGAUCCGUCGCGGCGCCGAACAGUUCAACCUGCCGGGCCACGAGGCGGCGGGCGGGCCCCACGCCGGGAUGUUCGGGGUUCCAUCCUCCGUGAGUAUGGCCGCCGCGGGUCUACACACGCCCCACCACCCAGACUCCGCCUCCGCCGCUAGUCACGUGCUAUUCCCCGGCCUCCAUGACCCCGCCCACUCCGGAGUGGGACCGCCCCACGUCAACGGACAGAUGUUUCCUUACGCGCGCGCUCACGAUCAGUUCAACCAGAUGGCCGUAGCCGCUCACCCCCGCGCCGCGGACCACUUCGGGGGUCAUCACCAACACCUGAACCCCAUGAACGCCGCCAUGGCUGGCCACCACCACCGCAUGAACAUGGGACCCCACGGCCCCGGCGCCUUUUACCCGUUCAUGAGGCACCCCAUCAAACAGGAGCACACCUGCCUCUGGGUGGAUUACGACCAGGCGGAGCCAAAGAAACCCUGCAACAAAAUCUUCACCACCAUGCACGAGAUUGUGACUCACAUCACGGUGGAGCACGUGGGCGGGCCGGAGCAGGCCAACCACGCGUGUUACUGGCAGGGCUGUCCACGUGACGGCCGGCCCUUCAAGGCCAAGUACAAGCUGGUCAAUCACGUGAGAGUCCAUACCGGGGAGAAACCGUUCCCGUGUCCCUUCCCAGGCUGUGGCAAAGUUUUCGCGCGCAGUGAGAACCUCAAGAUACACAAACGGACGCACACUGG